CAUAGCAUUGACCAUUCACAGGGAGAAGGUGAAUCCAGCGUCUGGGGGACUCCUCCGUCUGUCUACUGGCAACCUGAUCGACUAACAUCACCAACGCCCAUAAAGUGGCAAUAUACAGGAAAUGAGCCGAACUGCUAGAAGAAGAGCCGUCUUUUCCCGCUAAGUCCGACCAGCUUAAUUUGCUACAGUGUAGUGGUCGUGAUUUUGAAGUGAAGCCUAUUGUACAACGUAUCAGUUAUAGUUCUCUGAUGCAUUAUAUCAGCUGUCUAAGUUAGCUGCUUUAUUACUGCGUAGCUACCUCUCCCCUGGUUUGGACCGAUACAACGCUGACUUCGCCUGUGUGAUUCCUGUCCACCUAAAAACAUGGCAACCCAGAUCGAUAAAGAGGCUUGCAGAGAGGCUUACAACCAAGUCAGAGAUGAUAACACGGACAUCAAUUGGACUGCCUUUAAAUAUGAGGGCUCUAGGAUCGUGCCUGCAGGACAAGGGGCUGACUAUGAGGACUUCAAGAGGAUGUGCACAGAUGAUUCACGUCUGUUCGGCUUUGUCCGGAUCACAACAGGAGAUGCAAUGAGCAAACGAGCCAAGUUCACUCUCAUCACCUGGAUUGGCGAGAACAUCAGUGGGCUGCAGCGGGCCAAGAUCAGCACCGACAAGGCCAUGGUCAAAGAGAUCGUGCAGAAUUUUGCCAAGGAGUUCAUGUUCAGUGACCUGAGGGAACUCGAUGAGGACAACAUCCGUAAUGAGCUGAAGAAGGCGGGUGGAGCCAAUUAUGAUGCUCAGGCCGAGUAGAGAAGUGCCAUGGUCCACUGGAAGGGUUGGGGUUGGGGAGGUCGGGUUCAGUCUGGGAGGGGUAGGAUAGAGUAGGUAGGGGUGGGGAGUGUUGGGGCAGGGCUGCUACCUCUUGGGGAGAGGGCGAGGCGGGAUUGAGAGGGUGCUAAUAGAAAAAGGAAAUGGGGGCAUUGAACACACACAUCUUACCUGCGCAGUGAGGUGCAGCAUAGAGCUCAUAGUAAACAAUGUGCUCAUUUACAAAAACGUACUGUAGGUACACACAAAAACAAAGCAGAAGUGCACCAGGAGCAGUUUGUAAAACCAGUUAAAGAGUUUCAAACGCUGGCCAGACAAUUUUGAUUCUGCCUAACAAUGGCCUAUUGUGAUUGGGAUUCUCUUCUUUCAUUAUUUUAACAGCUUAUUUAUGUACUCUCAACAAUAGCAUCAGGACCGAUAAAACAGAUCAGAGCUCCUGUAGUUACUCUUUGUUUUGGUACAGAUACCUGACAGUACAGAUGCAGCUGGUGCACCUCCGAAAUGAUUACAUCUGCAUGAGGGCACUUAUAUACUUUGUUUUAACAUGCUGGGCUGCUUUGUUCACAUAUAUUGUGUAUCUGGAAGAUUGAAAAGUCCAUCCAAAGGACAUGUGGGGGCAGAGCUGCGCCAAAUAGUCAACACUUUCAAGAUUUAGCGCAUAAAGAUAUUCUAACAUUGUGACACUUCCCUCAUAGCAAGAUUUGUCUGGCCCAGGGAUGGGCCACAUAGCCUACCUACACUUGACCCAAAUAUAACGAUGAAUUAUGGUCCACAGGUGGUCCAGAUCUGGUAGCAAGAAUGCAAGUGCUCAUGAAAUAGCAAUAUCUCAGUCAACUGUAUGACUAUUGCUGGCCCUAUUCUGACCCAGAACCAGGCUAAUGUCUCAGGCACCUGUGUUCAGGCUAUAAGAUCUGGACAAACAGGACGGUCAAGUUGAAGCACUUGUGUGGCCCAUCACAAAUGCACAGUAAAAAUCAAGUGUGUAAGUGCUCUUAAAGAUCACAGACUGUCUUCUCUCCUCUCCUACCUGCCCUCUCCCCAGUGAGCUCAUGGUUGGUUAUCUACUGUGGAGUGCAUUAUCAUCUCACACUGAUCUUGAUCUCAGCUGGACUGCAGCUAAGCAAUAUAAAGUGACAUCAACGCUUUAGCACUGUUUUCCAGGAAUAAUUUCAUGCCAUGAGGAUGUCAAAGAACUGAAGGGUUUCACUUCAAAAUCUUGUACUGUGAUCAUUGAUCACAUCGUGAGACUGAGUUCAUUGAUAAGAAACAAAAGUCUCUAAUUGAAAUGAAACUCUUUACUUGCAGACAUGUGUUUUACACCAGAGCAUGCUCUUAGUCAUGAUACACUGUACCUCCAGGAGGGAAUGAUCUCCAUUUUCUAACAGUAUCCUUGGCGGUGGUUGGCAGCUUGCUUUGAGCAAGCCUGAGUCACUGUGCUGAGUAAACCAUCUCUUCAUCUCUAGCCAGACAGCUGUGUUUGGAUUACAGCCUCAAAGCCAACCAUGACGUCUUGUCCUGCGAUGGGCUGUAAUUCAUCAUUCUGUCCUCAAACUUGCUUGCUUCAAGCUUUGAUUCCCUUUUAUUAUUCAUUCAAAUGUGUCUUACUGUCACCGUGAACUUUUUUGGACCUUUUUUUAAUGUAUUUUUUACCUUCUGACAUAAUUAAUGUUGCAGUUCUCAGAACUGGGACAGAGGAGUACGUGGCAAAGAGUGAGACUGUUGGUCUCACAGAAGGCUCUCUGCCUGUACAUAUUAUGCUUUAGAAAAACAGAGAAACAACUAAUAUAUUGAUAUUUCUGCAGAUCUUUCAGCCAUGUAUACAAUUUUCCCAAAAGGAUUUGGAAAAUGGAGAUCUUUUCUUCUGGUGUUCAUCUUACAAUUUACCCCAUCAUACUGUAACCUACUGUGUUUGACUGCCUUAGUCUCCCAGAGAGAACGGGGCAUCAUGGAAGCUUCUGGACACUACACUGUGAUUGGCGAUCCUAUGGUGGCGGGACUUUGAUAAGCACAUGACCCAUCACAACAAUGGGUUGUGCUUAUCAACCCAACCCAGGAGGAGCCAUUUCUCGGUUGUAGCAUCUCUCUUUAUUUGGUUUCAGCCCCCCCUUCCUCCUGCAAAAAAAAAAUAGGAUUUUUUUUAUUGUACUUUCUUUUUGUUUUGUUUUUGAGAUUAAUUUUAAUGUCUCUGAAACUUUAACUUUUGAUUUUAUUUUUAAGAGCAUUGUUAUCUUGAUCAUUGGCAGAAGAAAUGUUAAAAAAAUAAAGCAAAAAAAAAGAAAGAAAUAAUGGGCACUAGACGAUUCAUUUCAAAAUAAAAAUUGAUGUUUUUUCCAAA